GGUUUGGGAUGUGGGUGCUGAGCACUUGCAUGUCUCUGUGUGUGAACAACAGCUCUUUUGCCCUCUGUCCCUCACAGCCACAGGUCAUUUCUCCGAGUUGCCUGGAGCAGCCCCAUGCUAUUGGCAGCAGCCUGACUUCAGGAGGGACAGGUCUGUGGAUGUGCUGCACUCUCUGCUUGAGCUGGGGUGCAGUGACGAGGCUCAGAGCUGUGCCUGCUGCCGCUCUCACCCCACAACGGACCUGCUGAAGGAUUCCUACCCCUCCACAGAGCAAUAAUAAUGACCCAGCUGCAGUUUAAAGAUGCUUUUUGGUGCAAGGAGUUCACCUUCCACACUGGCUACGAGGUGCUCGUACAGCGGCUACUGGAGGGGAAGAAGAUGUGCAAAGAUGUGGAGGAUUUGCUCAAGCAGAGAGCACAAGCGGAAGAGAGGUACGGGAAAGAGCUGGUUCAAAUUGCCCGAAAAGCAGGAGGACAAACAGAAAUCAACACACUGAAGGCAGCAUUUGAGAUGCUCAAGCAACAAAUUGAAAGUGUUGGAAACUCUCAUAUCCAGCUGGCAGUAAUGCUGAAGGAAGAACUGAAAGGAAUAGAGGAGUUCCGAGAAAGGCAGAAGGAGCAGAGAAAAAAGUACGAGUCUGCAAUGGAGCGGAUGCAAAAGAGCAAACUGUCCCAUUAUAAGAAAACCAUGGAGUCCAAGAAGACCUACGAGCAGAAGUGCAGGGAGGCGGAUGAGGCCGAGCAGUCCUUUGAACGCAUCAGCGCUUCAGGCAACCAAAAGCAAACAGAAAAGAGUCAGAACAAAGCCAAGCAAUGCAGAGAUGCAGCAAAUGAAGCAGAGAACGUGUACAAACAGAACAUUGAGCAGCUGGAUAAGGUCAGGACAGAGUGGGAACAGGAACAUAUCAAAACCUGCGAGGUCUUCCAGCUCCAGGAGUGCGACCGCAUCACGAUACUGAGGAACUCGCUAUGGGUGCACUGCAACCAGCUGUCCAUGCAGUGUGUGAAGGAUGAUGAGCUGUAUGAAGAGGUUCGGGUCAGCUUGGAGAACUGUGUUGUAGAGUCAGACAUAGACUACUUCAUUAAGACAAAAAUGACAGGAACACAACCUCCAGAUGCCAUAGGGUAUGAGAACUACUACAGCAGAGAACCCAACAGGCACAGCAGCAGCCCCACGCACUCCUGUGGGAUGAUGAAGAGAUUCUCUGGACUUCUGCAUGGGAGCAGCAGAAACAACACGGAAACUGCCACUCCUUCAGCUCCUCCUCUGGAGAGAACAGACGGAGUCUAUGCAUCCAUUUUUGUAAAUGAAAAAGCUGGGAUCACGUCGUCACAGGACUACAGAGUACUUUAUGACUACACAGCCCAGAACGUGGAUGAACUGGACAUCAGUGAAGGAGACAUUGUAGUUGUCAUUGCAGAAAAUGAGGAUGGCUGGUGGACAGCAGAAAGGAAUGGGCAGCGAGGCUUCGUGCCAGGCUCUUAUCUUGAAAAGCUUUGAUGAAAAGAAGCCCCAGUCCUCAGACUUUACAAAUAUUCUGUUACUGAAAACAACCAGCACACAAGGUCUGCUUCAGCUGACCAAGGGCAUCCCAAUAAUAUUGUUUUCUACAACUACCAGUUAGGAAAUAACCAACUGACCAUGCUUUUCUCUCCCUUGCUCCUGCCUCAUCCCAUUAUUCUCCUGGCCUACACUAUCUGAAAAAACUGUCAUCACUCCUGAGAGAUUAGGACUUGCAUGUUUUGGCACAGUCCUACCUCAGCACAUUGUGCUGCCAGCAGCGUUUCAAAGUUUGGCAAUCCUGGGAAGAAAAUCCUGCUCAGAUCUCAACUGUACAAAGGGAAAAGAUCACAGAAGCAAGUGCAGCUUCUUCAGGAUGGAGGACCGUCUCUAGCCAGCCUGGGAGCCACCCUUAUGGUCAUAACAGCCACGGUCUCUGCCAUGGAUCCCUUUCUCUCCGUUCACAGGCCCUGCUGGCAUUUUUGACAGAGGAUGGUUUAUCAGUCAUGGAUGAAAAUACAAAAAACAGUGAAUGAAGCCACAGAGGAGCACCUGAAGGACCAGGACACAUCCCUAGUGGGAAAACUUGAGGCACUCCCCAUCACAACCAUCUCCUAACACAAUGAAAUCCAUGCUAGCCAUAGCUCUGCUUUGCUCUGGAUUCUGGGACAGGUGAUGGGCCCAAGGCUUGCUUUUGCCUUGGUUGGAAGGUUUCCCUAACACCUGUCUGGGAUUUUGAAGUUUAAAAAUCCAACAACACAAACAGCACCUAAGCCAGGCCUCCAGCAGUGCUGCACUGCCCUGAUUCCUCUCCUCUGAGCACCAGAGAAUUGCCAAUUGCCACCCCUGCAAUGUCAGCAGGGCAGCCUCCCUUCCACCCGCUCAGCCCACAGGCUGCUCUGGCUCCAUCUGCUGCCUGCAGCCUCUGCACCUCUGCGACUGCUGCCAUAGGGACAUCCUGGGUUCUUUCCAGGCACAUCUAAUGUGCUCAUUCUUCAACAAAACCUCUUCAGAGAUAUUGCACUGUGCAGGUUCACUCUAUUUCACAGAUUGCAGCUCUAUUCAUCUUUCUAGUUUAAUAUUUAAGAAUGUUUCCAAUGUUACUGUACAAGGAAUUGAUGGAUAGUUUCUGCCAUUUUUCCUUUUUCAGUACUUCAAGAUAGUUAAAAAAAAUUAAAAACUGGUGAUUUAAUUUGAAUCAGAGCAAACUAUUUCUGGGGGCAGAAUGACCGUUUGCCAAGGUUUCAGGUCUUAAAACUGAAUCAAGACAAUGAAAAUUAUUCUUAUUGCUACCUGAAAGGCAUGGGGGAGAGAGGAACUGUUAGCUCAGACACACAAAACAGACAAGAGAAAUUUAGACAAAAGAGAAAGCUGUAAUGGCCAAUGCAAUUUUUCUUAAAUGAAACACAGUGAAGGUCAGAGGCACUUGCAGUAUCUUAUUCAAAUUCUUCCUUCAAGAAUGGAACAGAAGUUGCUGCAGGCCCUUUUCCUUUGGCUGCCUGCAGUACUUUGCACAGGACCUUGUCCUUCCCACACUCCCCCAGUUACCAUGCAGCACAUCCACAUCAGGGCUGAAGGGCUCUGAGCCCCUGGCAUCAGCACAGGCUCGGGAGGGGCUGCCAUGGCAUUGAAGGCAGCAGAGUAAGAACAGCAGUGCUCGCCCAGGCUGGGAAGGGAAGGAGAGGUUUCUGUGACCACACCUGAAGUGACACAAAGAUGCACAUGGCUUCACCUUGGCCAGGACAUUACGAGUGGAGGCUGCCCGACAGCCACAAGAGAUUAGAUUGAAUGUAUUUACUUCUUGAACACUCAAUCUCCUACAAAGAAGACUGUAAUAAACCAAUAAAUAAAUAAAUCUAGGUAGGUAUUUUGCAGAUUAUCUUAAUUAAACAGAAGAAAAAAACCCCCCACAAAUACACUGAGAUGCACAUUCUCUAAUGAUGUGGGACACAGAUUUUGCAGGACUCCUCACUUUUCUGGGGGCCCACCCUCACACAAGGCACUACAGGGCCCAGUCUUGACUGCCCUGAAACCCUAUUGCAGAUCAUCUUUGCUUCCAUGGACCACAUGAUCUACAUCACCAACAGACAGCUGGUGGAAUGGUGGCUGCUGUUUCUCUCCAUCUAAUCAUUCUGCAUUUUUGCUGUCAAAGUCAGGAAACUGAUUUCCUUUCUACCAAUCCCUUCUUCUUUUGAGUAAACACUGUUGAAUGGCAAGAGGCUAUAUGUAUUUCAAAAUCUCCCCAGUGUCACAGCAUUUGGGUCCCACAUGCUAACUCCGGAUUGUUCAGGAUAUGAAAAAGCAGCAGCAAUGUUUUCUCAUGAAUCCUCUGAUUCAUAUUGUCUAGAUAUGGCUUGGAACUACUUAUCAGCCAAAUUCUUCAGUUUGCCCUAUCUGCGUGGCAGCACUUGUCACAAAUAGAACAGAGAUACCAAGAAAUAUUCACACCCUCUGAGAACACCCACAUUUUAGGUGUCAUCUAUCUACGCACCCCCAUCACUAGGAAAAGCAGGAAGAUCAGUUGUAGGCUACUGCCUUAACAACAUUGCCCUUAUUAACAUUUUCUCUCCAGUUUGGUAACGUUUGGGCAAUAAAACUGACAUAAUCAAGUUAUCAUUCAAUUUUCAGCUAGGACAGGAAACAGAAUUGGGCCCUUUCCAGUGGCAUUCUUAUACUGAAGUCAAAACAUGCUAAUUGUUUUUGCAUUUACUACCAAUUAAGGAGAAGCACUCGAAAACCUGUAUGAAAUAACAUUCUACCAAUGACAACCACAUGUAAUCAGGAAACGUCUGCGAGUGUAGGGUGAGGUGAAUCCCUACACAGAACAGAUUUCUACAUAUUAAGAGCCCACAAGCCAGUAGGAACACCAAAACAGUAUCAGACUAGAAACAGAAAGAUCCAACAGACCCAGCUCUAAGACAACCAACACAGCCAGGCCUCCUGCCAAGCUCAGUGAUCUGCAGAGCCAACCAGCUUCCAGCAUUUCCAACAACUAGGCAGCUAAAAGGAAGAAACCAACCUCCUCCCAGCUGAGCACGUAGCAACAGCAAGAGCACAGUGACUGAUGAAGGUUUGGAGUGUUUGUCACCUCCCUGAGGACCCCUGGCUAGAGCUCUGUAGUAUGAACAACCCCAGCAGGCAUCAGCCAAAGUGGUGACAGAUCAUGUACAUAAGGCAUAAACAGUAGAAACUCUUACCUUGGCUUCCUUCCUGUCUCAAGAGGCAAACUCCUGGUCUGAGUCUCCUCUCCAGAGGUCAUUUUCUCCCAGUUGCAGCUCAUACCCGAUUACUGAAAUGCAGUUGAAGUGGAAGCAUAUGGAUGCCAAGAGGAGAUGCAUUACAAGCCAAGCAGCAGGUGGCAGGUGUUUAACAGAAGCCUGGGUGAGCAUUAAGGAACACCUAACCUCAACACUGGGAUAACUUACACACUUUGUGAUACCACAGAACCUCCCGGCAGUAUCACUGUGCCAUGGCUUAACUGUGCAGGCUUGGAGAGGACAGGGGUUUCUACAUCAGGGCUAUCCCAACACAGUAUGAAAAGUCACUGUUAACCCUCAAUGUGCAGUGGCAACAGCUCUGUAUGGGACAGGACAAACUGUACAGGCCUGAACAGCAGCCUAGACUGCUCAACACCAUCUCUUUCCCCUUUCCUGUUCUCCAACUUGCAGGGUUGGGGCAUAGAACGCAAGAACAGUCACCAGCCACACAAAUAUCAGUGCUUCCCGUGUCCUUAAACAGGAACUACAUGCAGAGUUAGCGAGCAAGGAAGGAAACAAAGUUGUGAUGCUGAGUCUUAUCUGCUUUGUGGCUGCUAAGGGACUGCAAGGACUGAUGGGCUGGGUUUUGUAAGGAAAGAAUACUUGUGAAUUAAAUUCUGGAAGAAGAAUUAGUGUCCUGCCAGUGAUUAUGUUAUUAACAAAAUGCCAACACUGCAUUCACUUGAAAGGGCAAAAAACUAGUCAAGCUGUUAGCCAUCAUCUAUUCUUUGUUAGCAAUUACUUAAAUUCAGCAGCUCACAUUUUGUUCAGAGCCACAGUUAUCUCCAAAUAUGUGCACUCCUGGAUCCUGCACAGUGCAAAUCUGAUCUGUUUCUAGAAUAGCUGGAUAAUCAUAUUUCCAUCAAAUUAGCCAGUUACACAUGGUACAGUGCUAAACUUGUCCUUCUACCACCUGCUAAAGGAUGGCUGACACCUGAUCUGGCACAAAGCUGCUGGGGCACCAUGAAGAGCACAUUUACACCCUAUCACUGCUGGGUGCCAUGUGGCUGCAGCCGUUCUGUCCCGAACACUGGCCCAAAAGGCAGAUUUACUGUGUUGUUCUAUUCUGACAGACUAAAUCUUGAUUUUAGAUACAAAACUCUAACAGAAAUCACCAUCACCUCCCAGCAAAAUUGGCAGAAAUCAGAGUUGACAUCCCAAAAAUUUCUAAGGGGAAAAACAGUAUCAUCCAAAACCACCAGGCAAACAGAACUCAACUUGGAGCACAGCUUUGAGUUUAUUAUCAGGGAUUCCACAUAGCAUCCUGAGCACUGAGGGUACAAAAACAGCUGCAGGGCAGAGGUGAAGUGGGAACAGAUACGCUAGGAGGAUAUUUGUAAGCAGGAGGAAUUUUACUUACCAGAUCUAAAAAAGCCAGUAUUAACGAGAUUUGGAAACAUAUACCAGCACACAUAUCCCAGCUUUGCUGCCCUUACCAGAAUUCAACCAAGCCACCAAAUCAAGGCAGACGUCAAGAGCAGCAACCAGGUGUGAUAACAGGUACAGUGUUGGAUGAGCUACAGCUGCAUAAGCAGUGCUUUGACUUCAAUUCUCUUUGACUGAAAUACAGGCAUUUGCAACAGCCUCUGCCUCAGGGUAAAUGGACACACAGUACAGCUCAAGAUAUUCCAGCUUAAAUUUGAAUGAAAUUUCCUUUGUGUUGGAUUACACACUUGGAUUGUUCAAGCAGCCCAGGCUAAACCUUGAAUAAAUCAAUGGCUUUGUGAAGCAAAGGUAUGACUGGAAAAGUCGCACCUCAACCCUCACUUUCUCCACUCAUCACAGGAAGCUCAUAAUCCACUCUGACAACGAUCUGAAAAUCCUCCUGGCACACUCAGUAUUUUGGUGAUUGUUCAAUCCCAGACCCGGCCUAAACAAGGUAGCAUUGGGUGGUUGUUGGAUCAAUAUUUGCAACGAAAAAAAUCUCGUAGAAAAGGACAAAUUAUAUUGUGUACACAGUGCUUGUUUUGUAAUAGGACUGGCUGGCUCUGAGGAAGGGGGGUGCAGACAUAAGAUAACACUCAAUGCAGGGAGCACGUGGGGGAGUUCAGCGCAUUCCCUUCCACUCUGCAAGGGCACAAAUGCUCAACAGCUGCAUCUAAAGAAGAAUUGUUCUGAAUUUUUAAGCUGAAAACAGUCCAUGGAGGAAGUUCUUGGGAAACUGGUGAACUUUAACCUUCCCAGGAUAAGCAUACCAACGUAAGUGUGAAUGGCAAAGCUUUCAGUGCACUGAUAGACGUGAGAAGUGCUUUGUCUUUACAGAAGGGCUGCACAGCCCUUCUAGUGUUUGAGCCCUGGGUGAGGAAGGGAGACUUAAGCGAUAGUGACUUUGUUCUGCUUAGUGGCAGCUAAAGGUUUUGCUAGGUCACUGCUCAAUUCAGCAGCCGUGGGAGGAUUCAAAACCGAAGAGGGAGAGAAGGCAUCUGGAGAAAUGCUCCAUGCUCUGUAGGGUCCUGUGUCAGCUUUUACAACCACAGCACUUAUCAGUACAAGCUCUAAAUUUAACUUAUGUUUCCUCAGUGUCUGUAAUGGAUCCUCCAUGCACCAUUUUUCAGUGCUGAAGGUGUUACUGUACAGGGGGAAACAAAGCUAUCAGGAUAAAUACUGGAUUUAAGCUUUCAAAAUGGACAUUGCACUCAAAGGGCAAAAACACUUCACAGAGUGCAAGGCUACCAGCACUAAGUGUGCUUCCCAAGGAUGAUGUAUCCUCCAAGUCCUGGAAGUACAAGGAAUGCUUACUUCUACAAUGUGUACUGGGACUUAAGUCCUGCCUGGUGCCUGUGAGGUACUUGGUGCUGGCACAGGACUCAAUGCCACCUUUGCCACAGGUGAUUUAUUCCUCUCCUACUCUCAGCUGAGAAUGCAUGAACACUACCCCCACACACACCUCGUGUGCUGGCAGAUUUGCUCAAUGCAAUUCAAUGGCAGACUCAUUCAGGCAAGAGCAGAUCUUGCUGCUUCCUUUGCCCAGCUGGGAGAAACACUUCAGAACUCCAUUUCAGAAGCAGUUUUCUAGACCAGACUGAUUUAGAUACUGUCAAGCCCCACAUCUGCCAGUGGUUUGCUUCAGUGUUUUAUUUGCACAAGGAAAAUGCAUUCCAGUUUUUCAGUCACAGCCUGACCUAGCAAGGUCUGACAGGACAGCUAUCCAGGAAAAUGCUUAAAUUAUUCUCUGAAAUGGGACAGAAGCCCAUUUGGUGAAAAGAGCUGGUACCUGAAGCACCACACAUCCAAAUGAAAGCAAAGCUGUCUUUUCUCUGAGUGCCAACAGGAACAGUUCCAUGGUCCCAAACUGCUGUGGCUCAUGUUACCCCAAGCAACCCAAUUUGCAGGCUUCCCUCUGGCAAAGUUUCAACUCAAAAGCCCUGAUGUACCUUUAGCAUUCAGGGUCAAGAGAAGCAGGUGAGAGAAAAUGUGUGGUUCAAUGCAUAGCACUAGAAAGAAGUUCUUCUUUGCUUGCUCCAGAAGGAUCACCAAGUCUCAGGUCCCCAGACCAGAGCUCUGAUAGCUUCUCACAUACAUAGGUUUGUGUCCACGCCUAAUCUACAAACUCAGCCCUGCUUUUAAAUGAUGAGUAAACUGUACUAUGUGUUCAUCUACAGUGUAAAUACCCCACACAAAACAACUGAACUCCUGUCCUGGAGUCCAGGCACUGAAAGAAGAAACAUCUGUUGCCAGGCACAGAUCCAGCAGGGAUUACUGCAGUCACAGCAAGGAUGAAAUCAAAGGCUUAUGCCUGGAAUUAAUACAUAUUGUGAGCACAAAACCCGUAUUGUGAAGGCAACUGUCAGACUGAAGAAAUAAAGGAGUAGGUCAACAAAUCUAAUAUUUACCUCUGCCAUGCCAGGCAGCUGCCAGGACAUUAAACAUGUUCAGGGUGCAGCACAUGGCCAUGGAACAGCUGUACAGCUGUGCUUCCCCAGCACCUCCUCCUCCACCUAGUGGCCUGCAAUUUAGCCUUAUUUUAAACACCAAACCUUGUGUUAUGGUACACAGAAAGAAACAUGACUUGCUGCGGGACUACCUCAGGACUAUUUUGUAGGAUUUUUGCAGAUAAAUCCUUUCAUGAGGAGGUAGAAGGGCAAGGUUUACAGCUACUGCUGUGUAGAUGUAGAGCACAGGCAAACUGUGACUGGCCCAUCAAAAUCAGAUCAUACCCAGACUUUCAACAGAUCAGCAGCAACAUAAUUCUGCUACCUGCAGUGAGUUUGCUCUCUCCUAAUCAGUCCCAUUACUGAAGAACAGCCCCAAAACUGAGACGGACAAAUAGAAAACCGUUACCUCAACAGACAUGAGAGAUCAGUGCUGAUGCAGUCCAGGAAUAUGAGAUUGAUAUGCAGGACAGUGGGAAACAGGCUAAGAGUGGCAGCACCUUACCCUUCCACAGCCAGGCAUGGCCUACAGCAACCAGUUAUGUUGCCACUUUAUAGGGCACUGCAUCACAUCAAUAGUUUAGCAGAGGAAGCUUUGUGCUCGUAUCAGUUCAGAGGUAGCACAGAUGAAACUCUGUUCUGUGCCUUCCAGCAGUAGCCUAGGCAUAGAUCAUGGUUUAAAAAAUGCUGCCCCCAAGAGAGCUUUCCAACUGCUCAGUGCAGCUCUAGGGGAAACAGAUCAGCUAUGGGAGGCUGCAGAGAUCAGCAAGAAACUAUCACCAAAAUGUGUUUUGAAAAAAGCCAUGGAACUAAAACUUAUGUGCAGCAAAGACAGCUGCCCCAGUCAGCAGGGAUGGCACCCAAGAGCAAUGAUUGCAAGAGGCAGGAUGUAGGCUCAGGUGGCAUUCUCCAAGCAGUCACCCCAGAGCGUGCUGCUGCAGCAGGACACAGCACAUGGAACACCAAAGAUCCACUGCACUUGAAGACUUUUCAUGCAUUCCAGAGGGAUUUGUCUCAGGCCCAAGAUGAAGUCAGUUACAAGAUCCACUAACUACUCUGAAGGCUAUCACUGAUAUUAUUAUCACAAGUACUUAUCUCAAACGUCAUCUGAAACUUCAAGUACUGAAGAGUCUCAUGAGCUGUCCUCUUCUGGCUGUCAAGGUCAAAUUUUUUUCUUUCCACAAACUUUGUUAAAUUGAUCUUAUUAGACCACUUCUCCUGUUUACUAAGGCACAUAGAGAUGAUCAUGUCUUACUAGAUCACAAUCUGAAUGAGACCCUCCAAUUCUCAUGAGCCUCCUACUAGGGUGCUGGAAGGCAGUGAAGG